UUUCCACGCUCCAUGAUGGUGUCAACCGGUGGGAAAUUCAUCCGCACCGCACCGGGCAUGUUGAUGGUCGCUUUCCUGCUUCUCACACACCACCGACAUGCCAGCGCGGAUGGCCUGUUUGACAACUUUAUCUCACAGCUCAUGACAACGGCCGCCACAGCGCAAAACUUCCUCGAAGACGCAUACGAUCAGAGACAGGGUCGUGGGACGGAACCACCACCAGCACUAGCGGCAGCAGCAGUAGAACCGGCACCAUCGUCAGAUUCACUUUCGCCCGUACUCAUUCCGGUGGGAAGCAUUGAGCCGGUUGAGCAACCCGUAACAACACCGCCUACUACGACCACGUUUUCGGCUGGCACGACGACGGCAUCGCCGACAACGCACGGUACGCGUGCACCGCUUCCGUUCUGGAAUCCGUUCGUUUGGUUGCGCCCGAAAGAAUCUACACCACCGUACAAUCCGGACACCGAUCUAAGUACGCCGGAAAUAGCGGUACGUCACGGCUAUCAGGCCGAAUCACACACGCUCAAAACGGCCGACGGUUAUCUGCUGACACUGCAUCGAUUGCCGUGCGGACGCAUUGGAUGCCCGGCCCAAGGAGGCAAAGGUGUGGGCCAACCCGUAUUCCUACAGCACGGACUACUCUCAAGCUCGGCGGACUGGUUGCUGAGCGGUCCGGAUAGGGCGCUAGCGUUCAUACUGGCAGACGCCGGUUAUGACGUAUGGUUGGGCAAUGCACGUGGCAACACAUACUCCCGCAAGCACGUCAGCUUCAGCAGCGAUGAAACCGCGUUCUGGGACUUUAGCUGGCACGAAAUGGCCAUGUACGAUAUACCGGCGGAGAUUGAUUAUCUGUACAACAUUCGGGCUCAGGAACGCAAUGAUACGGGGCGCAAUCUGCUGUACGUUGGACACUCGAUGGGAACGACGAUGAUCUUCGCACUGCUGGCUAGCCGCCCGGAGUACAAUGAACGGUUGGAGGCAGUGUUUGCACUAGCUCCGGUAGCCUUUAUGGGGCACGUGAAGAGUCCGAUCCGUUUGCUGGCACCCUUUUCGCACGAUAUCGAGAUGAUACUUAAAUUCUUUGGUGGCAAUGAGUUUAUGCCACAGAACAAAAUCAUUCGCUAUCUCGCGAAAUACGGCUGCGAGCUGACCGAGGCGGAAAAGUAUAUCUGCGAAAACACGGUGUUCGUGCUGUGCGGUUUCGACAAGGAGCAGUACAAUGCCACCCUAAUGCCGGUCAUCUUCGGGCACACACCUGCCGGAACAUCGACCAAAACAGUCGUACACUAUGCGCAGGAAAUUCACAACGAGGGCAACUUUCAGCUGUUUGACUAUGGCGAAAGUGAAAAUCAGCGCCGAUAUGGGCGGGCUACACCACCGGGCUACAAUUUGGAAAACAUAUCGACUCCGAUAGCACUGUUCUAUGCGAACAAUGAUUGGUUGGCCGGUCCGUUGGAUGUGGCCAAUCUGUUCAAUCAGCUACACCGCACCUCGAUCGGUAUGUUCAAGAUACCGAACGAUAACUUUAAUCACGUAGACUUCCUGUGGGGUAACGAUGCGCCGGAGGUCGUUUACAAGCAGCUGCUAAUGCUGAUGCAAAGAUACAAGUAA